AUGUCGCGCCAUCAUCCCGAUCUCGUAAUGUGCCGCAAGCAAUCCGGCAUAGCUAUCGGCCGACUCUGCGACAAAUGCGACGGCAAGUGUCCUGUAUGCGACUCGUACGUCCGCCCCACGACAUUGGUGCGCAUCUGCGACGAGUGCAGCUUCGGCAACUACCAGAACAAGUGCGUCGUGUGCGGCGGCGAGGGUAUUUCGGACGCCUUUUACUGCUUCGAAUGCACCCGCCUCGAGAAAGACCGCGACGGCUGUCCCAAGAUCAUCAAUUUGGGAAGUUCGCGGACCGAUCUGUUCUACCAGAAAAAGACGAAUCGGACGGGGUACUAA